AUGGCUCCUAAAUCCCGAAGGUCUGUCACAAAAGGGGGAUUUAAUCAUGGAUUAAGAGAUGAUGAAAUUGAAGAGCUUGAGCACCAGCCACCAAAGAAUUUGCACAAUGAAGUACCUCAACAACAAAAUAAGGAGCAAGGGAAAGCAAGAGGUGUCCGAGGGCCUACAAUGCUGAAAUCAAUGUGGGUGACAGUCCCUGGUGAAAAGACGAUCAAGAUAGAUAUGAACGCCAAAGGUCAACCAAUUGGUCCCAAUAAGAAAACUUUUGUUGAGUUUUUGGGUACAAUAGCAAGAACUCCAAAGUUCACUCCACUUGAGGUUGAGGAUUGGCACAAGGUUUCAGAAGUUAGAAAGAAAGAAAUAAUAGGCAUUGUGAAGGCUAAAUAUGAUAUUCCCCCUGGUGGAGAACAUUGGAUCUUGAGAUCACUAGGCAAAAAGAGGAGGAGUUGGAAGAAUAGGGUGAAGACACAAUGUUUUGAUCCUACAUUAACAACUGAGGACAAUGCACCCAAAAGACCAGCACGAGUUGGGGAAGACCAGUGGAAGCACCUGCUUCCUUAUUGGGCUGAGGAAAAAACAAAGGAACGUGCACAGAAAAAUAAAGAAACCAGGAGAAAUCUGAAUAUGCACCCCACUACGGGGAAGCGCAGCUUUGCAGAAGUUGAAGAAGAUUUGAGACUAGAAUUGGGUCAUGUUCCUUCACGUUCGGAGCUGUUUGUUGAAUGCUUUGGAGAUUCUGAAGGCAAUCCUCCGAAUGAGGCAGUUGCAACAACAUUUGCAAAGAUAAAAGUGGCCCAAUCAACAUUGCCCCCUGGAUCUCAAGACCCCAUCAGUCCUAAUGAUUCAUUUGCACAAGCUAGGGGAAAAGAUCCACCUGGUAGGGUGCGUAUGGUUGGAUUAGGUGUAGCUCCUUGCAAUGUUUGGGGUGGCAUUCCAAGUCGUAAUGCCUCCAAUCGCAUGGUUUUGCAACAUCAAGAAGACAUGAACAGAAUGAAAGUCGUAUUAGAUCAAAAUACGCAAUUAAUGGCAAGUCUUCAAGAAAGGUUAGACUCGCAACAAAGAAUGAUCGACAGUACCUCCCGUGGUAAUUUUUUCCCAGGCCAAUCGUCUAACUCAGUUGAUCUACAGAAAACUUUGAGGGAGAAAGAUGUAGUCUUCUUGAAAAGUGCACAAGAAAAUGGUAAAAUUGUGGCCAAAGGGAAACUUCGAAGCCUUGAUCCAAAUAAAGAGGUUGGAGGAUUACGACUUGGCAACUUGUGGUGUGAAGUUCACAUCGAUCGGGCUAUUGAAUGGGAUGAAGAGUUGCUAUUGCCAUAUUCGAAUUUAUACACCAUUGUAGAAGCAGUUGGAACAUCUGUUGCUUGGCUUCGCAACUUGGUAAUCAUCUCUAAUUUGAUGUUUAAAUCAUCCAGCUAG